AUGAUGUCGUCCACCAACGAGGAGGAUCCCUUCCUCCAAGUCCAACAGGACGUCCUCGCCCAACUCUCAUCCACCCGCCCCCUCUUCGCCUCCUACCUCCGCAUCCGCUCCCUCACCAACACCCCCUCGUCCCCCGAACUCGCCUCCGCCCGCAGCGACCUCGAGGACGCGCUGUCCACCCUCGCCGAAGACCUGUCCGACCUCGUCGCCUCCGUGCAGGCCAUCGAGUCCAACCCCUCACAAUAUGGCAUCUCCUCCACCGAAGUCUCCCGACGCAAGCGCCUCGUCCAAGAGGUCGGCGGCGAAAUCGAAGACAUGCGCGAGGAGCUCGCCAAGAAAAUUGACCACCAGCCCCAUCACAGAGAACACCUCCCCGAUCCGGAUUCGUUUGCCGUUGGCGACGGCGACGGCGACGCCUACGCCGAGCUCGAGCACCAGCAGCAGCUGGAGAUGAUGCGCGAGCAGGACGAGCAUCUGGACGGGGUGUUCCAGACGGUCGGCAACUUGAGACAGCAGGCGGAUGCGAUGGGGAGGGAGAUAGAGGAGCAGAAUGAGAUGGUGGACGAGUUCAACCAAACGGCUGAUAGGGUGGGCGGCACGCUGCAGGUGGGAAUGCAAAAGCUGCAGCAUGUGGUGACGAAGAAUGAGGACAAGUGGAGUAGUUGCUGUAUUGCCGUGUUGAUAUUUGUCCUGAUCUUGCUGUUGAUUCUUUUGCUGGUUUUGUAG